AUGUCGUCUUCAAUACUUCUUCAAGGAGGAACAGUUCUGGUUCAUGACGAGAACGAACAUGUCAACCGCAUCACAGCAGACGUCCUGAUACAAGGGAAUACUAUCACAAAGAUCGAAGCUGGAAUCAAGGUCGACUCGGGUGUUCAAGUGAUCGAUUGCACAGACAAGAUUCUCAGUCCUGGAUUCGUGGACACACAUCAUCAUGUUUGGCAGACGCUUCUGAAAGGUCGUCACAGCAAUGACUUGUUACUCGACUAUUUUGCCCCUGGAAACUCUAGUCAUUCCAUUCAUAGCCCAGAAGACCUUUUCUGGGGACAGCUAGCCGGAUGUCUCGAGUGCCUUGAUGCCGGCACCACAACUGUGGUAGAUCAUGCCCAUCUGAACAACUCUCCAGACGCGAGCAAAGCAGCGAUUGCAGCAACAAUAUCAUCUGGCAUCAGAUCUAUCUUUUGUUAUUGCCCAUCCGGGCGUGUCGAAUCCUGGAAACCGUUCACUCUAGCUCAAAAUUCCAUGGAACCAUGGGUUGUCGCCUUACUAGACGAACUUGCAGCCAAGUCACCAUUCGGAGAUGGCCGAGUCUCGCUUGGUUUCGCAUUCGACGACCUCUACCUACCUAAGGAUGUACUUGCUGGAAUCUAUGCACAUGUUAAAUCGCUAGGCAUCAAAGUCAACACAGUCCACUACGGCCGCAAUGGAGUAACCGGGCCCUCAUCUCACAUCGAAAAACUCGACUCGUACGGCCUCCUCGACUCCAGCUUCCUCUUCUCUCACGCCACAAACGCAACACCCACCGACGCAACCCUUCUCGCGAAAACCAACAGUCACGCUUCCACAACACCCAGCACAGAGCUGCAAAUGGGUCUAGGCAGAUGCGCUGCUUUCAACCCUACGGUAGACAUCACCUCUCAAUGCGGAGUCGGCAUCGAUUGCCAUUCCAAUCAAAGCGCUUCCAUUCCAUCAGAACUCCGUCUGCUCCUACAAUCCUCCCGCGGAACCUACAACCAGAAGUUUACAGACGAGGGUAAAAUCCCUCGAAAGUUAAACCGCACUGUAGAAGAGGCGUUUAAUCUCGGCACAUUGGGCGGUGCCCGAGCUGCGAAGAUGGAAGGCAAGAUCGGGACCUUGAAAGUCGGCGCAUUUGCGGAUAUUCUUGUCUGGGACGCAUUGAGUCCCGGCAUGGUGUGUGCAGCGCAACAUGAUCCGGUCAGUGCAAUUAUCUUGCAUAGUAGUCCUCAGGAUAUAGAGAUGGUAAUUGUGGAUGGUGUUGCGAGGAAAGAUGCGGGGAGGUUGAAGAAUGUGGAUGUUAGAGCUGGUAGGGCUAUGUGGAGUGGGGUGAAGAAUGAUGUUCUUGAGUGGAAGGAUAUUAGUAGGGAGUUGGUGAAGAGGAGAGAGGGUAUUCAGAAGAAGAUUGAGGGGAUUGAUAUGGAAGAGGCGAAGAAGGGGCUGAUUGCUGCGUUUGAUAUUGAUGAGAGUCUGUUUGUUGAUAGUGUUUAG